AAGGCAAAGUUUCCAUUGCUUGUUUGUAUUGAGUGGUGACAUCAUCAAGAAUUCAAAUACAAAGCAUCAUUAGAUUCACUUGAUUGCAUCUUUUUUUCCCGUUCAUCAUCGUCAUCAUUAUUCAUCGAAUCAAAAAUCGAAAAAAAAUAACAAGGCAGCAUUGAAAUUUUCAUUAAAAUUUGUGAUCAAACAAUCAUAAAAACAUUCCUCAAUCUUUGAUCUUUGUCAUUGUGAAACAUAAAGCAAAGCAAACGAAAACGAACCAAAAUGUCAUCAUCGCCUGAUUUAGUUACGGUUGGUCCAAGUUGGUUUGAUGCUUUCCAGGAUAAUGGUGGUCCAGUAUUAUAUUCAUCAAUGAAUCGUACAGCUGCUAUUGAAGAUAUUAGAAAUAUUUUAAUCUAUAUUAGUUUUACAACAUUUUUUGUUGCAUUUUUAAUUAUUUUUCCGGGCAUCCGUAAAGAGCGUGUUUCAACAUUUAUUUGUGUUACAACUAGUUUAUUUAUUGGUGCCGUUAUUCUAAUUUCAAAUUGUGGAUCAAAUUGGCAUGUUGCAAAAGGUUCGAUCGCUGGACCGUAUCGUGCUUUUUCCAAAGAAAAAAUCUAUGCCAAUGUUGGUGUUUAUAUUGGUUUGGAUAGUGUUAAUAUUACAAUGAAAGCAUUACCAAUACAUCGACAUCAUGAAGAAAUUAAUUAUAAUGAACGUUUCUAUUGGAUUGGUGGUAAGUAGAAUUUGUUUUUCUUUUGGUGGUGGUUAUAUUUUCUUAUUUACUUUUAUAAUUCUGGCGAUUGAAUU